AAAAAAACUAGGAAAGUUCACAGCUUGAAUACUGAUCGGCGAAACCUAAUGAGGUUUUAUACUUGCCUCCGCCGCUUUCAUUUAGUUAAAAGCCCUGAGCGGGAGAGGGAGAUUUGUAUAUGGCUUCACAUCUUCUGCGAUGCCCCACAAGGUCCUCGUCAUCGCUAACAUUAGGCUUACUCCCCAAAUUUAAAGUAGUCUGUUCUCUUUUCUCUUCUCUAUGCAGAAGAAAACCAUCACCCUUCUCAGCUCCAAGAGACGCCCCUCCAGUCCCAAAGAAAGUUCCCUUCACAGUCUCAGCUCAUGGCACAUCGUGGCAAGAUCCUUACCAUUGGAUGUCCAACACCGCUGACCCCGACCUCUCCGCAUACCUUCGCUACGAAAACUCAUAUGCUGAAGCUUUCAUGGCUGACACCCUUAACCUCCAGCGGACACUCUUUUCUGAGAUGAAUUCUAGAAUGCCCACUAAUAUUUCCACUCCCACUGAACGCUGGGGGCCAUGGUUAUACUACCAAUACAUUCCGGAGGGGAAGGAAUACCCUGUACUUUGUCGGAAAUUAGCUCAGACAAAUGGUUGGGCAAAGUCUUUUCUUAAUAACGUGAUAGGAGAAUUUGGAAGGGAGAAAGUUCUCCUGGACUGGAAUGAAAUUGCAGAAGAAUAUGGUUAUGUUCAUGUUGGUACAUGUCGAGUUUCUCCAGAUCACAACUUUCUUGCAUACACACUUGAUAUAACUGGGAGUGAACGGUUCAUGCUUCAAAUUAAGGAUCUCCAUAGUGGCUGUAUUCUUCCAGACUUGAGGGUUGAUGGGGUUGUUAGCUUGGCAUGGGCUCAAGAUGGUUGUACUUUAUUCUAUACAACAACAGAUGAAAACCAACGGCCUUACAGGGUGCAAUGCAUUAAACUGGGAUCAGAUGCUGUGAAUGAUGUCCCAGUAUUUACAGAAAGUGAUCCCAGCUUCUGUGUGGACAUCACGAGUACAAAGGAUGGCAAGUUUAUAACCGUGAAUUCUAAUUCAAGGAGUUCAUCUGAGGUUUUCGUGAUAAAUGCAACCAAUCCAGAAGAGGGCUUGCGAAGAAUGAAUAAGCGUGUCCCUGGUGUACAGUAUUUUUUGGAACAUCACUAUGGUUUUUUCUAUAUUCUCACAAAUGCUCCUUUAACUGAUAAGGAAUUGUCUGUUGGAGAUUAUUAUUUGGCCAGAUGCCAGGUUGACGAUGUACAGUUGGCUAAUUGGCAGAACAUCAUCCUCCCAGGUGAAGAUAUUAGCAUACAAGAUAUGGACAUUUUUCAUGGACAUUUGGUGCUUUUCCUCAAUAACAAAGGUUGCUCUAUGAUAUGCUCCAUCAAUAUGCCAGUUGAUGUUAAUUAUAAGCAGCAAAUGGAGAUUGGUGAUCUUAGUCCAUGGUUCUUCCCUCUGCCUUCGGGUUUAUGUAAAGUUGUUCCAUGUUCAAAUCAUGACUUCAUGAACUUCGUCUAUCGUGUGGUUGUUUCAUCUCCAGUGAUGCCUGAUAUAAUCAUUGAUUAUGACAUGCGGCAACGGGUAUUCUCCAUAGUGCAGCAAGAGGAGGUACUAGGUGUUUCUGGUAAUAGUGGAUCAUUCUCACAGACUCAUGACCUAAAUACUAACAAACUGUUGGAUGCCCAAAAUGAUGAGAACAAACAUGCCCAGAUUACUGAAGUUCAGAGAUGGAAGGACUUUUCUGAUGCAUACUGUUGUGAAAGAAAGGAGGUUAUUUCCCAUGAUGGUGUUGAGGUUCCUCUGACUAUUUUGUACUCACGAGAAGCAUGGAAGAAGGGUCUGUCUCCUGGCCUUCUACAAGGCUAUGGAGCAUAUGGGGAAGUUCUAGAUAAAGCCUGGUGUUCAGAUCGUCUGAGUUUACUUGAUCGUGGCUGGGUGGUGGCAUUCGCUGAUGUGAGGGGUGGUGGAGGUCCGGAUUCUUCAUGGCACAAAUGUGGCAGUGGAUUGAACAAGCUAAACUCUAUUCAUGACUUUGUUUUAUGCGGCAAAUACCUGGUUAAUGAGGGCUAUGUUCAUGAAGACCAGCUUGGUGCUAUUGGAUUUAGUGCAGGAGGUCUUCUUGUAGGGGCAGCUAUCAAUAUGUGUCCUGAUAUGUUUCGUGCUGCUAUUUUGAAGGUUCCAUUUCUUGACAUUUGCAACACAUUGUUAGAUCCCAAUUUGCCUCUCACUUUAUUGGACUACGAAGAAUUUGGAAAUCCUCGAGUACAAUCCCAAUUUGAGUCCAUUUUAAGUUAUUCUCCAUAUGAUAAUAUUUCUCAAGGAAGCUGUCAUCCUUCAGUGCUUGUUACGGCAUCAUUCUGUGACUCGAGGGUGGGAGUUUGGGAAGCUGCCAAAUGGGUAGCCAAAGUACGAGAUAGCACUUGUUCAAGUUGUUCCAGUGGGGUCAUCCUGAAGACGAAUAUGAAUGGAGGCCAUUUUGGUGAAGGAGGCCGUCAUGGUCACUGUGAGGAAACAGCGUAUGAAUAUGCUUUUCUAAUGAAAGUUAUGGGGAUUUCAUGCGAUACCUCAUGAUAAGUGUUCUUUUGAAUCAACACAAGUGACGAUAUGAGGAAAGUUUGUAUUCAAAAUCUUUGGUGAGUGUGAUCUAGUAUUUGACUCUUAGAAGGAUUUAUGAUUUCCCAUUGGCUCUUUGUUAUUUGUGAAGGCGACCUGAAGCAGUUGGGGCACUCAAGCUCUGAAUGCUUCUUAAGAUACAGAAUUACUUAUUUUUUCACUCAAUACAUGGGGCUAGUUUGAAAA